GGGAGUCUGUGCGGCUCCGCCCCGCUCGGUCCCCGGCCUGUCCCCGGCCUGUCCCCGGCCCCGCUCCAUCGCCGCCCCGGCCCCGCCAUGCAGAAGGGCAUCCGGCUCAACGACGGCCACGCCGCGGCGCUGGGGCUGCUGGCCCGCAGGGACGGCACCCGGCGCGGGUACCUGGGCCGGCGCGGCGCGGACGCCAAGUGGCAGACCAAGUGGUUCGCGCUGCUGCAGAACCUUCUCUUCUACUUCGACAGCGACGCCAGCCCGCGGCCCGCCGGCCUCUACCUGCUGGAGGGCUGCGAGUGCGGACGCGCGCCCUCGCCCAAGCCCGCAACCUCGGCCCGAGAGCCGCCCGACAAGCAGCACUACUUCACAGUCAACUUCAGCCAUGAGAACCAGAAGGCCUUGGAACUGAGGACGGAAGACGCCAAGGACUGUGACGAGUGGGUGGCGGCCAUUGCCCACGCCAGCUACCGGACGCUGGCCACGGAGCACGAGGCGCUGAUGCAGAAGUACCUGCACCUGCUGCAGAUUGUAGAGACGGAGAAGACGGUGGCCAAGCAGCUGCGGCAGCAGAUUGAGGACGGUGAGACCGAGAUCGAGCGGCUGAAGGCCGAGAUUGCAGCCCUACUCAAGGACAAUGAGCGUAUCCAGGCCACGCAGACCCCAGCUACGGCCAGCGACGAGGACAGUGACAUCAAGAAGAUCAAGAAGGUGCAGAGCUUCCUGCGGGGCUGGCUGUGCCGCCGCAGGUGGAAAAGCAUCAUCCAGGACUACGUCCGCUCCCCGCAUGCGGACAGCAUGCGCAAGCGCAACCAGGUGGUGUUCAGCAUGCUGGAGGCCGAGGCCGAGUACGUGCAGCAGCUGCACGUCCUGGUCCACAACUUCCUGCGGCCCCUGCGCAUGGCCGCCAGCUCCAAGAAGCCGCCCGUCACCCACGACGACGUCAGCAGCAUCUUCCUCAACAGUGAGACCAUCAUGUUCCUGCACCAGAUCUUCUACCAGGGCCUAAAGGCCCGCAUCUCCAGCUGGCCCACGCUGGUGCUGGCCGACCUGUUCGACAUCCUGCUGCCCAUGCUCAACAUCUACCAGGAGUUUGUGCGCAAUCACCAGUACAGCCUGCAGAUCCUGGCACACUGCAAGCAGAACCGCGACUUCGACAAGCUGCUCAAGCACUACGAGGCCAAGCCCGACUGCGAGGAGCGCACGCUGGAGACCUUCCUCACCUACCCCAUGUUCCAGAUCCCCAGGUACAUCCUGACGCUGCACGAGCUGCUGGCCCACACGCCUCACGAGCACGUCGAGCGCAACAGCCUGGACUAUGCCAAGUCCAAGCUGGAGGAACUGUCCAGGGUGAUGCACGAUGAGGUGAGCGAGACGGAGAACAUCCGCAAGAACCUGGCCAUUGAGCGCAUGAUCACUGAGGGAUGCGAGAUCCUGCUGGACACCAGCCAGACCUUCGUGAGGCAGGGCUCGCUGAUCCAGGUGCCCAUGUCCGAGAAGGGCAGGAUCCCACGGGGCCGGCUGGGCUCACUGUCCCUGCGGAAGGAGGGGGAGCGCCAGUGUUUCCUGUUCUCCAAGCACCUCAUCAUCUGUACCAGGGGCUCAGGCGGCAAACUGCACCUCACCAAGAACGGGGUCAUCUCUCUCAUUGACUGUACCCUGCUGGAGGAGCCGGAGAACGCCGAGGAGGAAGCCAAGAGCUGUGGCCAGGACGUGGACCACCUGGACUUCAAGAUUGGGGUGGAGCCCAAGGACGCCCUGCCCUUCACCGUCAUCCUCGUGGCCUCGUCCAGACAGGAGAAGGCGGCCUGGACCAGUGACAUCAGCCAGUGUGUGGACAACAUUCGCUGCAACGGGCUCAUGAUGAACGCAUUCGAGGAGAACUCCAAGGUCACCGUGCCGCAGAUGAUCAAGUCGGACGCCUCCCUGUACUGUGACGACGUGGACAUCCGCUUCAGCAAGACCAUGAACUCCUGCAAGGUUCUGCAGAUCCGCUACGCCAGCGUGGGCCGGCUGCUGGAGCGCCUGACGGACCUGCGCUUCCUGAGCAUUGACUUCCUCAACACCUUCCUGCACUCCUACCGCGUCUUCACCUCCGCCCUCGUGGUGCUGGACAAGCUCGUGGCCAUCUACCGCCGGCCCCUCAGCGCCAUCCCCGCCAGGUCGCUGGAGCUCCUGUUUGCCAGCGGCCAGAACAAGCUGAUAUACGGUGAACCCCCCAAGUCCCCGCGCGCCACCCGCAAGUUCUCCUCACCACCGCCUCUGUCCCUCAGCAAGACGUCCUCUCCCAGCCGGCGCCGCAAGCUGUCCCUCAACGUCCCCAUCAUCACGGGCGGCAAGGCGCUGGACCUGGCAGCCCUGGGCUGCGGCCCCAACUCCAAUGGCGGCAGCUACCCGGCCGCGCCCUUCAGCAAGGCCGCGCUCGACCCUGCCAAGCUCUACGUGGCCUGCGGCCUCGGCAAGCUGCCCGACGGGGUCGACCUGCCCGCAGACAGGCCCGAGGACACGGGCGCCAGCAGGCAGGGCUCCGAGGUCUCCGUGCGGGAGGAGUCGGACGGAGAGCAGGACCAGAGUGACGACCCAGAAACUGACGGCUCGCCCACCAGGUCCCCCUCCAGCCCCAAGUCUGUCCGCAGCAAAACCUCAGAAUUCCCACUCUUCUCCUUCAAUGGCGUGGUCAUGCCCUCGUGCCGGGAGCUGGACGGCGCCCGCAGCGCCCUGUCCGCCACCUCAGCUUUCGCUAUCGCCACUGCGGGCGCCAACGAGGGCGCCCCCGGCAAGGAGAAGUUCCGCAGGCUGUCCCUGGCCAGCGCAGGGUUCCCCCCCGACCAGAGGAACGGGGACAAGGAGUUUGUGAUCCGCAGGGCGGCCACCAACCGCGUGCUGAACGUGCUGCGGCACUGGGUGUCCAAGCACUCGCAGGACUUCGAGGCAAACGCGGAGCUGCGGAGCAAAGUGACCGGCUUCCUGGAGGAGGUGAUGCGGGACCCAGAGCUGCUGACCCAGGAGCGCAAGGCAGCCGCCAACAUCGUCAGGACCCUGACCCAGGAGGACCCAGGUGACAACCAGAUCACGCUGGAGGAGAUCACGCAGAUGGCCGAGGGCGUGAAGGCCGAGCCCUUUGAGAACCACUCGGCCCUGGAGAUCGCGGAGCAGCUGACCCUGCUGGACCACCUGGUGUUCCGCAAGAUUCCCUACGAGGAAUUCUUCGGGCAGGGCUGGAUGAAAGUGGAGAAGAACGAGCGGACCCCCUAUAUCAUGAAGACCACCAAGCACUUCAAUGAUAUCAGCAACCUGAUCGCCUCCGAGAUCAUCCGCAACGAGGACGUGGUGGCGCGGGCCAGCACCAUCGAGAAGUGGGUGGCGGUGGCGGACAUCUGCCGCUGCCUGCACAACUACAACGCGGUGCUGGAGAUCACGUCCUCCAUGAACCGCAGCGCCAUCUUCCGCCUCAAGAAGACCUGGCUCAAAGUCUCCAAGCAGACCAAAGCUCUGAUCGACAAGCUCCAGAAGCUUGUGUCCUCGGAAGGCAGGUUCAAGAACCUGAGAGAAGCCCUAAAAAACUGCGACCCACCCUGCGUCCCCUACCUGGGCAUGUACCUCACCGACCUGGCCUUCAUCGAGGAGGGGACACCCAACUACACGGAGGACGGCCUGGUGAACUUCUCCAAGAUGAGGAUGAUCUCCCACAUCAUCCGCGAGAUCCGCCAGUUCCAGCAAACAGCCUACAAGAUCGAGCACCAGGCCAAGGUGACGCACUACCUGCUGGACCAGUCCUCUGUGAUGGACGAGGAGAGCCUCUAUGAGUCCUCGCUGCGCAUAGAGCCCAAGCCGCCCACCUGACGGGCCGCCAGCCGCCGGCUGUACAUACAGGCCGGGCUCCUCGGGCUCCUCCCUCGCCUCUGCUUCUCCAGUGCCCACUGCCCUCCCGGACCCCACAGCGCCCGCUGUCCUCACCGUCCCCAUCUGCAGCCCCGCCCGGGACUCCGCCCACCUGCUCCCCCUCCCCGCAUGCUCCACG